AUGUCAGACCAAUCAGAAGAAAUCCUGAAUGAAUCACACGAUAUAAAGCCAUUAAUGAAAAAUUAUUUUGAUUACAAUAAAAUAGAACAAAUUAAGCAUGGAAUGUGUUUACUUUGCGGAAAAAAUUCUAAAGGGAAUUACAAAGUUUGUAUACCAAUGAAAGGCAGCAAUACCAGUGGAUUAAAAUCUCACAUUCAACGUCACCAUAAAAAAGAGUAUAAAAGAUUAUUUCCAUCUAAUACACUGAGUACAAGUGAAACAUUGAGCAACAUUAAAUCUCAAAGGACACUGGACUCAUUGUUAAAAGAUUCAGGCAAAAAAGUAGAUAAAAAUAGAAUGAUAGUAACGUGGUUAUCAUUUAAAAAUCUGCCUAAAAAUUUUUUUGAUGAUAUGGAGACACAGAAUUUUGUUGCCUUUAUCAACGACAAAUUUUCUGUUCCUAAUAAAUCUCAAGCCAGCAUAAUGAUAACAGAAGAAUUGAAAAAAAUGCAAAAUAAUGUCAAAGAGUUAUUAAGAAAAAAUGAUUCUAAAUUUGCUUUUACUUUAGAUGCUUGGUCAGGAAAAACAAGAAAAUCUUAUUAUGGAGUGAGUGUACAUUAUAUUACUGAAGAAUGGAAUUUACGCUCCUUCACUCUAGAUUUUGUGCCAUCCAAAGGAAAGCAUUCUGGUGCAGAUAUAGCUCGAAUUUUCUAUAACAUUUCAAAAUUCUACGAUGUAACAGAUAAAAUAGCAGGAAUAACAUUGGAUAAUGCGUCUGCAAACACAACUUUUAUUUCCGAAUUAGGUCAAUUACUAAGAGAUGAUGAUAUUGAUUUUGAUAUACAAGACCAACAUUUUCGAUGCCUAGCGCACGUUUUGAAUUUAUCAGUUCAGGAUAUCUUGAAGUUAAUGAAAAUUAGCAGUGAAAACGUAGAUGACUCUAUUGAAUAUUCUGAAGGAGAAAAUUCAGAUAUUUCAGAUGAAGAAAGCGAGGAUUUUCAGUUAAAUGAUUUUUCUAUAGCGAAUUUAAUUAGUAAAAUACGACAAUUGCAUCGUAAAAUAAGAAAUUCAGAAAUACUUUCCACAAAGUUGCAAAGCUGUUGUAAUGCUUUCGAUGUAAAAUUCAAAAAACCUAUUUCUGACUCGUAG